CCAUGAGCAGCCGAUGACACAUCAGUCUGGCUACAAAACAUCUGGACAACAAGAGACGAGGAGGCUUUUAAAGUGAGGCAGCUGUGAGGAGGAGCAGCAGACCGACCGACUCCUUUUCCAACAUGAAUCCUGCUCUGCUGGCGUUGGCGGCGUCUUUGCUCGCCACGGCGGCGGCUCAGUCUCACGACCACCAGGACAUGUCCUGGGUCAACGGCUACCGCCAGAGCUUCAACUUCCAGUGUCCCCACGGAGAGGUCCUCGUGGCCACCAGGAGCUACUUCAGCGAGACGGACGGCUCGGACCGCCUGUGGUCGUUUGAGUGCCAGCCCACUCCGGAGGGUCUCGGGGAGCCCAGUGACUGCUGGUGGGACGACAUCAACCGAGCUGGGAUGGAGUGGUGGGUCUGCAUUUGUAGAAUUUAGAGUGUGUUUAAAUUUAUGUUCGUUAUUCA